AUGAGUCAUUCAACUGGCUUUAAUUCACGUCCGCAAUCAGCUACCGUUAACGAUUUAAAUAAUGACACUCGGCUCGAUAUUAUUGUAGCGAAUUCUGGCACAGACACUGUUGGUAUUUUUUUCGGUUCUGAAGAUGGAACUUUUCAACCACAAGUGAGCUAUUCAACUGGUUCUGGAUCUCAGCCAUAUUAUGUGAUAGUAGGCGAUUUUAACAAUGAUAAUCGACAAGAUAUCGUCACUGCCAACCACGGUACCAACAGUAUUGGUAUACUGGUCGGACACGGCAAUGGAAAUUUUGCUAGUGUAUGCUUCGUUUCACUGGACUCUUCUCGACCAGUGUCGGCUACUGCUGCUGAUUUGAACAACGACAUGAAUCUUGAUAUAAUCGGCGUAAAUUAUGACACUAGCAGCAUAGACAUCUUACUUGGAUAUGGUAACGCAUCUUUUUCUUUGCAAACGAAAUAUUCAACUGGUUACGAUUCCCAUCCGCAUUCUGUCAUUGUUGCUGAUUUGAACAGAGACAACCACUUGGAUAUUAUUAUCUCUAACUCGGGUACUAACAAUGCAGCUGUAUUUUUAGGAUACGGCAACGGAUCUUUCUCAUUCCCAAAGCUAUACUCAACUGGCGUUGGUUCACUUCCAUUCACAGUCGUUGUUGGUGAUCUGAAUGGCGACAAUAGACUGGAUAUUGUAGUCAGUAAUUAUGGGACCUCCAGCGUAGGUGCAUUUCUUGGUUAUGGUAAUGGAUCGUUUGCAAAGAUGAAAAUAUCUUACAUUGACUCUGAAUUUCGUCCAUAUGCCAUGGUUAUUGGAGAUUUCAAUAAAGAUAAUAUACUAGAUGUAGUCGUAGCUAAUCCUGCAAGCAGUAAUAUUGUUGUACUUCAUGGAUCAGGUAAUGGAUCAUUUACGAGUCAGGAGACAUAUUCAACUGGUUUUGAUUCUACUCCAAUCUCUAUUGUCGUUGGUGAUUUCAACAACGACAAUCAAUUAGAUCUUGCCACGGUCAAUAAUGGGACAAACAGUGUAGCAGUAUUUCUUAGAUAUGUUGUUAAAUCAUUUGCAAACCAAACAAGCUAUUCACUGGGGGCACAGUCUUUUCCGACAUUCAUCACUCUUGGUGACUUCAAUAAUGACAAUCAGCUAGAUAUUGUUGUCGCUAUUUCCAAUACCAAUAGCGUAGGCAUACUAAUUGGAUAUAUUAAUGGAACAUUUGCAGCACAAAUGACAUUUUCCACUGGAAGUUAUUCUGAUCCUCGAUGGAUCAAUGUAGCAGAUUUUAACAACGACAGUCUUUUAGACAUUGCUGUUGCGUAUCAUGGUACAAGUAAUUUAGGCAUUUUUCUUGGUUAUGGCAAUGGAAGCUUUGUACUACAAAAGACAUUCUCAACUGGCUAUAAUUCUAUGCCUCGUUCAUUGGCCACAGGUGACUUUAACAACGACGGUUUGUUCGAUAUUGUAGUUGCUAAUUACCGUACAAAUGAUAUAGGUAUCUUUUUUGCAUACGGCAACGGAAUUUUUGCAGAUCAAAAGACAAUUUCAACUGGCGACAAUUCUAGUCCUAUCUCAAUCGCUGUAGGUGACUUUAACAACGAUGGUUUGUUGGAUAUUGCUAUUGCUAAUUACGGCACUGACAAUGUAGGCAUAAUUCUUACAUAUGAGAAUGGAACUUUUGCAGCACAAAUCAUAUGUUCAAUUGGAAAUGGUUCUGCUCCUCAUUUCGUCGCUUUAGAGGACUUUAACAAUGAUAGUCUUUUAGACAUUGCUGUUGCCAACUCUGAGAGUCACGAUGUAGCUAUAAUUUUUGGAUGCGGCAAUGGAAGCUUUGAGAAAAUGACGAAAUAUUCCAUGGGAUAUGGCUCUUAUCCUGUAUCACUUGUAGUUGGUGAUUUCAAUAAUGAUAAUAUCUUCGAUAUCGCCGUGUCGAAUUCUGGUGCUAAUAAUAUAGGCAUACUUUUUGGACAUCGAAAUGGAGCAUUUGGAAUGUUAACAAUGUAUUCACUAGGCGAUGGUUCUCGUCCUAUGUCGAUCACGACUGGAAAUUUUAAUCACGAUAUAUGGCUAGAUAUUGUGAUAGCUAAUUUCGAUGGAAACUGUGUUAGUGUGCUUCUCGGACUUGAUAACAUAGAUACAGCCAAUCAAGCAAGCUAUUCAACUGGAUCUGGACCACAUCCUUAUUCUGUUGUAGUUAGUGAUUUCAACAACGAUACUCUGUUGGAUCUCAUGAUCGUUAAUUCAGCACAUGACAAUAUUGGUAUACGUUUAGGAGAUGGACAUGAUAGUUUUGACGACGAAAUUAUAUAUCCUAUUGAGAUCAAUUCACGUCCACAAUUUGCCACUGUAGGAGAUUUCAACCAAGACCACAAAGUUGAUAUUGUCAUCGCCAAUACUCAAAAAGAUAGUGUGACUGUGGCUUAUGGGAAUGGUAAUGGAAUUUUCACAAGUCAAGAAAUACUUUCUACCGGAAACGGCUCCAGUCCAAUCUCUCUUGCGGGUGGUGACAUUAAUAAUGAUGGUCGACUAGAUCUUAUCAUUUUGAACGAGGGCACCAGCACACUUGGCGUUUUUCUCUCUUUCGACUAUGCAACAUUUAGAAACUAUAGUUCAUUCUCAACAGGGACACUUUCUAAUCCUUCGUCAAUUGCUCUAGGCGAUUUUAACAAUGAUAGUCUACUCGAUGUCGCUGUCGCUAAUUCUAUGACUAAUAAUGUGGGAAUAUUUCUUGGAUAUGGCAAUGGAACGCUAGCAGCGCAAAAAAUCUAUCCCACUGGAAUAAGGUCUCAAUCCAUGUUUGUCAUUGUGAGUGACUUCAACAACGACAAUAUUCUUGACAUCGCUGUCGCUAAUUAUGGUGGUAAUAAUGUUGGCAUCCUUUUGGGUUACGGGAACGGAACGUUUUCAGCGCAAAAAACACUUUUUACUGGUUAUAGAUCCGCUCCUUCCUGGGUUGCUAUAGGCGACUUCAACAAAGACGGUCUUCUCGAUAUCGCUGUCGCCAAUUCCGGCACUAAUAAUUUAGGCAUAUUUCUCAGUCAUGGUAACGGAAAUUUUGCAUCUCAAAUAACAUUCCCAACUGGGUUGAAUUCUAUGCCUCGCUCAUUAGCUACGGGUGACUUUAACGAUGACAGUCUUUUAGACAUCGUUGUUGCCAACUAUUUCGGUGACAACAUAGGUAUACUUCUUGGACGGAGUAAUGGAACUUUUGCAACACAAAAGACACUUUAUACUGGUAAUCACUCUGCUCCUUUUUCGGUCGCUAUAGAUGACUUUAAUAACGACAGUCUCCUUGAUAUCGCAGUCGCUAAUUCUGGUACUAAUAAUUUAGGUAUAUUUCUCGGAUAUGGUAAUGAAAGUUUUGCACCUCAAAUGACCUAUUCAACUGGAGAUAAUUCCAUCCCAUUGAGGCUUACCAUCGGUGACUUGAACAAUGACAAUAGACCAGAUAUUGUAGUUACUAAUUAUGGGGCUAACAAUGUGGGUAUCUUCUUUGGAUAUGAUGAUGGGAGUUUUACUCAACAAAUGACCGUUGCAACCGGAAAUGGUUCCAAACCGAAUGCGGUUGCGAUUGGAAAUCUUAACACUAACAAUCGAUCGGAUAUUAUAGUGGCGAAUUUUCAGAGCAACGAUGUUAUGAUACUUCUUCGAGAUAGUAGUCAGGGUUUUCUUAGCAUGACAACAUAUUCAAUUGGUACUGAUUCUCAUCCACAGUCUAUGAUCAUUGCAGACUUCAAUAAUGACUCUCACCUAGAUAUUAUCGUCGCCAACUAUGGCAACGAUAAUAUUGGUAUACUAUGUGGGUAUGGCAAUGGAAAUUUUAUGAAGCCCAUAACAUACACAACAGGAAAUGGUUCUCAACCGUGUUCAAUCGCCGUUGGCGAUUUCAACAACGACAGUCUAUUGGAUAUUGUCGUUGCUAAUGCUGGUACGAAUAAUCUAUGUAUAUUCGUUGGCUAUGGAAAUGGAACGUGUUCUACUAUAACGCCAUAUUUAACUGAAGACUCUUCACUUCCGUACUCAGUCGCUGUGAGCGACUUCAACAACGAUAAUUUCCUUGACAUAAUUGUUGCUAAUUCUGGUUCUAAUUAUGUAGUCAUUCUUUUUGGAGAUGGUAGAGGAAAUUUUUUAAAGCCGAAGUCCUAUUUACUGGGUUACGGCUCUCGUCCAUAUUCCGUAGCUGUCGGUGAUUUCAACAGAGACAAUUGGAUCGAUAUUGUAGUUGCGGAUUAUGGGACUGACAACGUUAAGAUUCUUUUACAAACAUGUGAUAAUAUCUGA